CCUUCCCCUCCCCUGCCUUCCCACCACCACCGAGAGCCAGGAGACAGACACGCCAGCAAAUCCGGACGAGCGCGCGCCUUCGUCGUCCCGGCCGCGGCAUGGGCUUCCCGGUGGGCUACUCGGAGCUGGUGCUCCCGAAGCAGCUGCUCCACCUCCUGCUCCUUCUCGGGUACAUCCGGCGCUUCCUCCUCUCCGCGUUCCACGCCGUGGGCCUCGGGGACCUGCUGGAUCUCGGGGACGACCACCAGGCGCUGCUGCAGGACCACCACCACCACGGCGGCGGCGGCGGUGAGCAGCUGGGGCGGGACCACGGCGCGCCGGCGGGGCAGGCGCUGCUGCUGCAGCACCGGCGGCCGGAGUUCCGCGCGGUGCCGGCGAUGGUCAUCGAGGAGGUGCUCCCCGUGGUGCGGUUCGACGAGCUGGCGGCGGCCUGCGCCGGCGGCGGCGACUGCGCGGUGUGCCUCAGCGGCAUCGGCGGCGGCGACGAGGUGCGCCGGCUCAGCAACUGCCGCCACGCCUUCCACCGCGGGUGCCUGGACCGCUGGAUGGAGCACGACCAGCGCACCUGCCCGCUCUGCCGCGCGCCGCUCAUCCCCGACGAGAUGGCCGGCGCGCUCUGGGCCGCCGCCGCCGGCGUGCCCGACGCCUCCGACUUCGACUACUCCUACUUCGGCGCGCCGCUCACGCCGGUGCCCUCCCCGACGCUGCUGCGGCCGCACGAGCUGCUGCUCACCGGCCUCGGCGGCUACCAGUGAUCCCAGCCGCCCCCGCCCAACCCGGAAGCGACCGGCCCUGCGGAAUGCACGGCCCUGCCAACGGCUGAAUCGCUCGCCGCUUCCUCAGCGGAAGGAGGAAGUGCAGCAGCGGAGGCGGAGGCACAGCGGAGACAGGAGAACCGGAGGCGCCUUGGCUCGAAUUGUACAUAGGCAAAAGUAAAGCGACCACCCCCAAAAAAAGGCUAGGAGAUUAGAUUCCUCUUGUGCAUAGGUAGAUUCCGUCUUCCAAGUUUGUGGAGUUGUGAAUCUUUCCACGGAUUAAUUUUGUUGAGCUAGGCGUGCCGAUGCAAGAUUUGGGCCCUUUUCCCUCCUCCCA